GUUGCCAACCUAGUAAAAUUAAUUGUGCAGUUGAAUGUGGUAAACGUUUUUUGUGAUUUGUGAAGUGUUGAUUAUUGUGUUUAUACGAUAUUCACAAUGUUGACUUCAAGUGUUGUUCCUCGUAAAAUACGUUUAGACAAUGAUCGUGUUCGUUAUGCGAAACCCUACUGCCAGUGUUGGAGCAAGCGUGCGCCCAUAUCGUGGAAACAACUUGGGUCGUGUUGCUCUUGUGGCGAGGAUAACGACGUGAGUGAAUGGAAAUGGGAACAGCCACAAGAGACUGCACGGAGCUGGGUGGUCGUCAGCGAUGAUCAGAAGCAGGUCACAUUCCAUCCAUUCUACAGUUCGGGCACAGCGGCGGUGAAGGGAGACACACCAUUGCAACACAAUUACCACUACUACUGGGAAGUGAAAAUGCUCACUGAAACCUACGGCACUGAUAUUAUGGUAGGACUGGGCACGAACAAAGUGAACAUAGCGGAGAACCACUACAACUUCAGGUCACUGCUGGGCCAGGAUGCAGAGUCCUACGGGCUGUCCUACACGGGCGCGGUGCGGCACGAAGCGCGCGUCGCGAAGGACUCCGCUGGGUUCUGUCGCGGGACCAUCAUCGGCGUACGCGUCGACAUGUGGAGAGGCACCUUAGAGUUUUAUAUCAAUAGGAAACCGCAAGGCAUAUCAUUCUACAACCUCCGUCGCCAUCAGAGCUUAUUUCCGAUGAUCUGUUCGACCGCCGCACAGUCUUCAAUGCGUCUUAUAUACGCCGCGUCGUGGCGAGCUUCUCUUCUGGUGGACGCGGCGAAAACACUUGCAACUUCUGUGAGAAAGGACGCCAGGUUACGUGUCCCGCCUGGACUGUGGUACACACUGCGGUCACAAUUCUGGCUCACUUUGCCUACUGAAGGUUGUGUGCUGGACGAGGAUGAAGAGGAAAUGGACGUGGAGCCGCCACCGGUACCCGCCAGCGUGCCGCUCUGUUCCGGCAUGAAGAGACGUCACUGGCAGAUGACGGCGCGACCCUGUGUGCUGCGAGACGACGCCUGACCGCGACGACCUCUGAUCUUGUGACCCCUAGAUCACCCAGACCUCUGCUCGCAUGAACCCUAGGUCAAUCAAACCUUUGCCCACGUGACCCCUAGGUCAUUUAGACCUCUACUCGCGUGACCUCUAUAUCAAACUGGCACUCGCCAGUCACUUAUGUCUGAACCGUUACUUGAGGGAUUACUAAUAUCUCUAGUAGGUCACAUUUAUGAUCCAUCCGGCUCUCUGGAAAAAUAAAAACAGAGUGCCAGUCUUCAUCAUGUCUCGUGUAGGUUAUGAGAUCAAUGACCAACUUUAUCAACCCUAGUGUCAAAUUCGCGGUGAAUAAUCGGAUCCGUGCAGGACUGUAAAUACUUACCAUAGGGAAUGGUCACUUAAUUGUCACAAAACUAAACAGACUAUAUAAUGAGUAAAUGCGAGGUAGAUGUGAAGUAACUGUUUCAGGCAUAGUCUAUGUAAACUUGUCAAUGUAAAUAAAGCACAACUUUGACUGUUAUAGAUUUAAAUACACUUAGUUCAUUUUUAUGUGCCUUUUUAAUAUUAUUGGUAUUGAUAGCGUGUAUUUGUAUUGUAUUCAAUAUGUAAUGUGUUAGUUAUGUAAAGCAUUUAUUGUACCAAGAAUGUUCUUUGUAAAUGAAAUACUUUCCAGGCGGUUUUCCUUCAAUCCUUUAACUCAAUAUUUCUUCCAGGGGAUUUGUAGUAAAGAAAGAGUAUUAAGCGAUAUUAAAUAUUCAGCAGACACUUCCUAUCUCAAGACAAUCGAUUCAUGACAUUCAAAAACGAAUUUCAUUUUAAAAUAUCGUGCCUGCCAGCUAGGAUGAUGUACCUAUCAUGAUGGUCACAUUUGAUGAUGUGAUCAGUAACAUCAUCAUGACAAUGAAGUAAAUUUAUUUUUUGACAUUAAUGUAAAAUCAUUUUAUAAUGACUCUUCUUAUUUGCUUAUUUCUUAUUCUCUUCUUCUUUUAAUCCUGUUAUCCCCUGCUGGGAUGUAGGACUCGAACAACAGAUUUCCACUCAUCUCAUUUGCAGCCUGUGUAACUUGCUCCCAUGACAUGCCGAGGGUUUUGAGUUCUCGGUCAACCGAAUGGCGCCAGGUUUAUUAGGCAGGUCAAAAAUUUUAACUUACAAAUAGCGGUAAGAACCCGUUAUUAUGUGUUUUAAUUAUGAUAAUAACCGCGUAAACUUAAAACAAUUUACAAAUACAUAACAUAAACAGCCUAUAUACGUCCCACUGCUGAGCACGGGCCUCCCCUCAAUCAACCGGAGGGGGUAUGGAGCAUACAAAUAGAUGUUAGUAUAUAUUUUAAUAUUCUUUGUAUAUAUUAGUAAAAUAUGUCCUGCGACUUGAAUAUUCAAGUUCGUUUUAAUAUAAAUCUCCAGAUAUUAGCAUACUGUUAGAGACUCCAUUUGAGAUUUGUGAUUUAUAUUGAAACAAAAUGUAUACGUAUUUAAUUUAAAUGUAAAAGGAUGAUAACAGUAACGACUUAUGAACGAAACUGUUAUAAAAAUCUUUUGAAUGUAACCGGAUUUCAUUUCAUUAAAAAUGUAGGAAUAAAUAUUAAUUUUACGUCACUUCUAGUAAACAGAUUUGUAGAUAAACCUAAUAUUAAAAAGAAAAAUAUUUGACAGAAGCAAAACUAAUACAAAAACUAUAAAAAAACAAAUAUAUUUUUAUAACACCUAUAAAAUGCAGCGUUCAAUCUCUAAUCGUAUUGUACAAUAUUAUACUAUUAAAACAUGUGUUCUUGUUUGAAAACCGAUUGAUUAAACGUGUAUAAUUGAUAUGUAUGAAGACUGUGAAUUUAAGUUGACCGAAUGGAGAAUAAAAUUACCUAAUUAAAUUAUGUCUGUGAUACAUA